AUGCCUCGGAAGGGCAACACGCCGCCAGGGGCUCCGUCGCCGGGCUCGGGCAAGGCGCCAGCGGCUCCGUCGCCGGGCUCGGGCAAGGCGCCAGCGGCGCCGUCGCCGGGCUCGGGCAAGACGCCAGCGGCUCCGUCGCCGGGCUCGGGCAAGACGCCAGCGGCUCCGUCGCCGGGCUCGGGCAAGACGCCAGCGGCGCCGUCGCCGGGCUCGGGCAAGACGCCAGCGGCGCCGUCGCCGGGCUCGGGCAAGACGCCAGGGGCGCCGUCGCCGGGCUCGGGCAAGACGCCAGGGGCGCCGUCGCCGGGCUCGGGCAAGACGCCAGCGGCUCCGUCGCCGGGCUCGGGCAAGACGCCAGCGGCUCCGUCGCCAGCGGCUCCGUCGCCGGGCUCGGGCAAGACGCCAGCGGCUCCGUCGCCAGCGGCUCCGUCGCCGGGCUCGGGCAAGACGCCAGCGGCUCCGUCGCCGGGCUCGGGCAAGACGCCAGCGGCUCCGUCGCCGGGCUCGGGCAAGGCGCCAGCGGCGCCGUCGCCGGGCUCGGGCAAGGCGCCAGCGGCGCCGUCGCCGGGCAAGACGCCAGCGGCGCCGUCGCCGGGCAAGACGCCAGCGGCGCCGUCGCCGGGCUCGGGCAAGACGCCAGCGGCGCCGUCGCCGGGCUCGGUCAAGACGCCAGCGGCGCCGUCGCCGGGCUCGGUCAAGACGCCAGCGGCGCCGUCGCCGGGCUCGGUCAAGACGCCAGCGGCUCCGUCGCCGGGCUCGGGCAAGACGCCAGCGGCUCCGUCGCCGGGCUCGGGCAAGACGCCAGCGGCUCCGUCGCCGGGCUCGGGCAAGACGCCAGGGGCGCCGUCGCCGGGCUCGGGCAAGACGCCAGGGGCGCCGUCGCCGGGCAAGACGCCAGCGGCUCCGUCGCCGGGCUCGGGCAAGACGCCAGCGGCUCCGUCGCCAGCGGCUCCGUCGCCGGGCUCGGGCAAGACGCCAGCGGCUCCGUCGCCGGGCUCGGGCAAGACGCCAGCGGCUCCGUCGCCGGGCUCGGGCAAGACGCCAGCGGCUCCGUCGCCGGGCUCGGGCAAGACGCCAGCGGCUCCGUCGCCAGCGGCUCCGUCGCCGGGCUCGGGCAAGACGCCAGCGGCUCCGUCGCCGGGCUGGGGCAAGACGCCAGCGGCUCCGUCGCCGCGCUCGGGCAAGACGCCAGCGGCUCCGUCGCCGGGCUCGGGCAAGACGCCAGCGGCUCCGUCGCCGGGCUCGGGCAAGACGCCAGCGGCUCCGUCGCCGGGCUCGGGCAAGACGCCAGCGGCUCCGUCGCCGGGCUCGGGCAAGACGCCAGCGGCUCCGUCGCCGGGCUCGGGCAAGACGCCAGCGGCUCCGUCGCCGGGCUCGGGCAAGACGCCAGCUGCGCCGUCGCCGGGCUCGGGCAAGACGCCAGCUGCGCCGUCGCCGGGCUCGGGCAAGACGCCAGCUGCGCCGUCGCCGGGCUCGGGCAAGACGCCAGCUGCGCCGUCGCCGGGCUCGGGCAAGACGCCAGCUGCGCCGUCGCCGGGCUCGGGCAAGACGCCAGCUGCGCCGUCGCCGGGCUCGGGCAAGACGCCAGCUGCGCCGUCGCCGGGCUCGGGCAAGACGCCAGCGGCUCCGUCGCCGGGCUCGGGCAAGACGCCAGCGGCUCCGUCGCCGGGCUCGGGCAAGACGCCAGCGGCUCCGUCGCCGGGCUCGGGCAAGACGCCAGCGGCUCCGUCGCCGGGCUCGGGCAAGACGCCAGCGGCUCCGUCGCCGGGCUCGGGCAAGACGCCAGCGGCUCCGUCGCCGGGCUCGGGCAAGACGCCAGCGGCUCCGUCGCCGGGCUCGGGCAAGACGCCAGGGGCGCCGUCCUCGGGCUCGGGCAAGACGCCAGGGGCGCCGUCCUCGGGCAAGACGCCAGGGGCGCCGUCCUCGGGCAAGCCCCCACGGGCGCCGUCCUCGGGCAAGCCCCCACGGGCGCCGUCCUCGGGCAAGCCCCCACGGGCGCCGUCCUCGGGCAAGCCCCCACGGGCGCCGUCCUCGGGCAAGCCCCCACGGGCGCCGUCCUCGGGCAAGCCCCCACGGGCGCCGUCCUCGGGCAAGCCGCCACGGGCACCGCCCUCGGGCAAGCCGCCACGGGCACCGUCCUCGGGCAAGCCGCCACGGGCACCGUCCUCGGGCAAGCCGCCAUGGGCACCGUCCUCGGUUUCGCGAUUGUCGUCGGAGGCUUCCUGAGUGCCCUGAUUGUCGUCGGAGUUUUCCGGUGCGUCGUCGUCAUCACCAGGUUCUCCUCGAGUGUCUUCGUCGGAUCCUUCCCCACCUUCAGCGCCGCCAGCGUGGUGGACGGUUUUGCGUCUUGUCAUAGUGAAA